AUGGUCGCCGCUUUGAAUCCUUCUCUUCUCUCCUUGCUUUUCGAGUUCGUCUUCUCCUCCGCUGCUCUUCCUCUUCCUCUUCGAUGAUGGGCUCCUUGCUGUUCUUCAUCUGGUGGUUGUGUCUUCGGUGGGGACCGUGCGCUGGUCUCAGCGAUGAAGGGAUCGCGCUGAUGAGGUUUAGAGAAAGGGUGGAGUUGGACCCGUACGGUGCGUUGUCAGGGUGGGGUGGAGACGGAGGUGGCGGUGAGAACCCUUGUGAGUGGGUUGGGGUUGGUUGCUCUGAUGGGAGAGUUGUGGAUCUGAACUUGAGUAAUCUUCGUCUCAAGGGGACACUUACGCCUGAACUAGGAAAGCUUAUUCAGUUGACGUCUUUGGUUUUACAUAACAAUUCCUUUUAUGGAGUCAUCCCUAGAGAGAUUGCUGAACUGCAGAAUCUUAAAGUUUUGGAUUUAGGACACAAUAAUUUGAGCGGACUGAUUCCUUCUGAACUAAGCAGUGUGAUGUCCCUGGAAAUUCUUAUACUCAGGGACAAUAUGUUUGUGGGUGACUUGCCUACCAAACUUCAGCAACUCAAUAUUAUGUCUGAGCUUGAGGUUGAUAGAGAGAUGCUAUUGUCAAACAAGGCAUAUAUUACAAGAAAUGCUAGGAAAGGUACUAUGCGAAAACUCUUGCACAGAGGGGGCAAAGCUGUUGCACCACCAGCACCAUCACCUUCACCAUCUCCAGCCCCAGCUCCAUCUCCCAACCAUAAAAACAGGCAUUCUUUAGCAAAAAAACACCAUAAAAACAGACAUUCGUCACCAUUGGUUUCACCUUCUUUGUCUCCUUCCCUUUCACCCAACCUUUCACAAUCACCGGUGAACAAAUCUCUGGCACCUUCUCCAGUGAAUGAACAACCAGUAUAUUCACUACAAAAGCAUCCUGACUCUCAUGCUUCAUCAUCUUCUCCGUCGCCAACUUCUCAUUCAGGAAAAAGCCAUAGUUCUUCCUUGGUAAUCUACAUGCCAAUAGCAGGGGGCUUUUCCUUUCUCCUUGCCAUUUCUGCAAUCUACUUUCUUUGCUUUCGAACAAACAAGGUGGGCACUGUAAGACCUUGGUCAACUGGCUUGAGUGGGCAACUGCAGAAAGCUUUCAUGGCAGAUGGUGUACCCGCCCUCAGACGAUCAGAGCUGGAAGCAGCCUGUGAGGAUUUCAGCAAUGUUAUUGGUACUUUAUCAGAUUGGAAGGUGUACAAGGGGACACUUUCAAAUGGCGUUGAAAUAGCUGUGGCAUCAAGUAUGAUCACAUCUGCAAAGGAUUGGUCAAAAGAUUCUGAGUCUCAAUUGAGGAACAAGAUCUCAACAUUGUCUAGAUUGAACCACAAGAAUUUCAUGAAUCUCCUCGGCUAUUGUGAAGAAGAAGUGCCCUUCACCAGGAUAAUGGUGUUUGAAUAUGCUCCAAAUGGGACACUUUUUGAGCAUCUCCACAUAAAAGAGGCAGAGCACUUGGACUGGGCUGCACGGUUGCGAAUAGCCAUGGGAAUAGCAUACUGUCUAGAACACAUGCUACAGUUAGAACCUCCCUUCGUUCCUCGAAAUCUAAACUCAUCUUCAAUUUACUUAACUGAAGACUACGCAGCAAAAGUAUCCGAUUGUGUAUGCCUCAAUCAAACAAAAGAAGCCAAUUCAGCUCAGGACAACUCUGAUCUAACAAACAUCGUCUACAAAUUCGGCAUAUUAUUGUUGGAAAUCUUAUCAGGACGACGACCAUUUUCAGAAGAUGAUGACCUACUUGUGUGCUGGGCAUCAUGUUAUUUCACCGGCAAGAGACCUCUUAAAGACAUGCUUGACACAACACUGACAUCAUUUCGAGAGAACGAUCUCGGUGCCUUUAGUGAAGUUUUAAGAUCAUGCAUCAACCCAGAUCCAAGUAAAAGACCAACAAUGUCAGAAGUCACCAAAAGCUUGAGACAAAUUACAUCAAUCUCUCCAGAUGCUGCAUCUCCAAGACUUUCUCCAUUGUGGUGGGCUGAGCUAGAGAUCCUUGCUACUUGAAAAAGCUAACUAAAACUUCAAACACUGAAUUGCAGGCAGUUCACUUUUGCUUAACUUUGUUGAUACUUUUGAGCAGUUUAUUUAUUCUGAUGGUUAUAGUUCUCUUGUAAAUGUACAGUGUGCAAAUAAUUACUUUUUGAAAAAAAGUUUCAAUUGUACACAUAAAUUUUUUAUAUA